GGGGCGGGGCGGGCGCUGCGGCCGGGCCGGUGGGAGGAGCCGCCGCCGCCGCGUUGCCGCCCCCGCCCGGCGCGGGGGGCAGAGCCGAGCCGGGCCGAGCCGAGCCGAGCCCAACCGGGCCGGGCCGGGCCGGGGUAGCGGCAGCGGCCAUGUACGGCGUGUGCGGCUGCUGCGGUGCCCUGCGGCCCCGCUACAAGAGGCUGGUGGACAACAUCUUCCCCGAGGACCCGGAGGACGGGCUGGUGAAGACCAACAUGGAGAAGCUGACGUUUUACGCCCUGUCCGCCCCGGAGAAGCUGGAUCGCAUCGGCGCCUACCUCUCCGAGCGCCUCAUCAGGGACGUGAGCCGGCACCGCUACAGGUACGUGUGCAUCGCCAUGGAGGCGCUGGACCAGCUCCUCAUGGCCUGCCACUGCCAGAGCAUCAACCUCUUCGUGGAGAGCUUCCUCAAGAUGGUGGCCAAGCUGCUGGAGUCGGAGAAGCCCAACCUGCAGAUCCUGGGCACCAACUCGUUCGUGAAGUUUGCCAACAUCGAGGAGGACACGCCGUCCUACCACCGCAGCUACGACUUCUUCGUGUCCCGCUUCAGCGAGAUGUGCCACUCCAGCCACGACGACCCGGACGUCCGCACCAAGAUCCGGAUGUCCGGCAUUAAGGGCCUGCAAGGGGUGGUGAGGAAGACGGUGAACGACGAGCUCCAAGCCAACAUCUGGGACCCGCAGCACAUGGACAAGAUCGUGCCCUCGCUGCUCUUCAACCUGCAGCACGCGGAGGAGGCCGAAAGCCGCUCGCCCUCGCCGCUGCAAGCCACCGAGAAGGAGAAGGAGAGCCCCACGGAGCUGGCGGAGCGCUGCCUGCGGGAGCUGCUGGGCCGGGCGGCCUACGGCAACAUCAAGAACGCCAUCAAGCCCGUCCUCAUCCACCUGGAUAACCACACGCUGUGGGAGCCGAAGACCUUCGCCAUCCGCUGCUUCAAGAUCAUCAUGUACUCGAUCCAGCCACAGCACUCGCACCUCGUGAUCCAGCAGCUCCUGGGGCACCUGGACGCCAACAGCAAGAGCGCGGCCACGGUGCGCGCCGGCAUCGUGGAGGUGCUCUCCGAAGCGGCCGUCAUCGCCGCCUCCGGCUCCGUGGGCCCCACGGUGCUGGAGGUGUUCAACACGCUGCUGCGGCAGCUGCGGCUCAGCAUCGACUACGCCCUGACCGGCAGCUACGACGGCGCCGGCAUCGGCAGCUCCAAGAUGAUCAAGGAGCACGAGGAGAGGAUGUUCCAGGAGGCCGUCAUCAAGACCAUAGGGUCCUUCGCCAGCACGCUGCCCACCUACCAGCGCUCCGAGGUGAUGCUCUUCAUCAUGAGCAAGGUGCCGCUGCCCUCGCUGCACCAGGCCAUUGAGGCUGGCAAAGCCGGCGAGAACCGGAAUCGGCUGACGCAGAUAAUGCUCCUGAAGUCCCUCCUCCAGGUCUCCUUGGGCUUCCAGUGCAGCAACAUGCUCACGGCGCUUCCCAGCUCCUUCCUGGACAGGCUGCUCUCCGCUGCCCUCAUGGAGGAUGCUGAGAUCCGCCUCUUCGUCCUCGAGAUCCUCAUCAGCUUCAUCGACCGCCACGGGAACCGCCACAAGUUCUCCACCAUCAGCACCAUCAGUGACAUCUCCGUGCUGAAGCUGAAAGUGGACAAGUGCUCGCGCCAAGACACCGUCUUCAUGAAGAAGCACGCCCAGCAGCUCUACCGCCACAUCUACCUGACCUGCAAGGAGGAGAGCAACGCGCAGGCUCACUACGAGGCGCUCUACAGCAUGCUGGUGCUCAUCAGCAUCGAGCUGGCUAACGAGGAGGUCGUGGUGGACCUCAUCCGCCUGGUGCUGGCGGUGCAGGAGAUCGCCCAGAUCAACGAGGACAACCUGCCGGCGUACAACCGCUGCGCUCUCUACGCCCUCGGCGCAGCCUACCUGAACCUCAUCAGCCAGCUGACCACCGUGCCCACCUUCUGCCAGCACAUCCACGACGUCAUCCAGAUGCGGCAGAAGGAGGCUCCGUUUCUGCUCCCCGAGGACGUGUUUGUGGAGAGACCCAGGCUGAGCAGGAGCCUGGACCGCCUCGGCCCCGAGGUCUUCUUCCGGCAGAGCAAGAUCAGCGAGGUGCUGGGAGGCAGCGGCUACAACUCGGACCGGCUCAGCACGCCCUACGUCCCCCAGCUGACGGACGAGGAUCGCCUGUCCAAGAGGAAGAGCAUCGGCGAGACCAUCUCCCUGCAGGUCGAGGUGGAGUCGAGGAACAGUCCCGAGCGAGAGGAGCGAGCCCCGGCGGAGGAGAUCACCUACGAGACGCUGAAGAAGGCGAUAGCCCUGCGUUCUAGCAGACGGCGUCGCCGUGGAGGAGCAGGAGCGGGAGCGGAGGCGGCAGGUGGUGGAGAAGUUUCAGAAAGCCCCGUUCGAGGAGAUCGCUGCCCACUGCGGUGCCCGGGCGACGCUGCUGCAGAGCAAGCUCAACCAGAUCUUCGAGAUCACCAUACGGCCCCCGCCGAGCCCCUCCGGCACCAUCACGGCCGCCUACGGCCAGCCGCAGAGCCACUCCAUCCCCGUGUACGAGAUGAAGUUCCCGGACCUGUGCGUGUACUGAGGGCGGCCGCCUUGGAAGAUGCGGGAUGCCGAGGAGCCCGCGCUGCCUUUUGCCGAGCUCCCUCCUCCGCGCCGCUUUCCGGGCGCCGGGGUCAGCGCAAAACGGGGUUCGUGCGGGAGAUCCGCGGCGCUCCCGGCAGCCGGCACGGCCGUCGCUCCGCCGGGCGUUAUCCCGCGCCUCUCCCGCGUCGGGGCUGGGAGAGGGUAACGCCGGGGCGAGCGGCGCCGCAGCUUCCCGGGAAUUCCCGCGGCCAUGGCGCGCUGCUGCGCUUCCCUGGGGCUGCUGGGAUCCGCGUCCUUCCGCAAGCGGCUCGAAGGGGUUAUUUGCUUAAUCUGCUUAGAAAAACAGCAACAACAAAAAAAAGCAAGCGUUCCCCUUGGAAGUGCUGGAAUUGCCCUUUCCAGCCCCACGGGGGAGGAAGGGGGGGCAAUAAACCAGGGCCUCUCGCUUCACGCGACCGCGGGACGGACCAGCCCGUCGGAGCAAAACCGCAGGCUGGAAAACGUAGGAAGGGGCAGGAGCGGGAGGCUCCGGCUGGAAACCUGGUUGGUUUUUCAGCCCCCCCCGUCUCGCCCCUUUCCUUGGGGUCCCCUUGUGUCCCCUGCGCCCCGCCGGAGCCGGUGUUGCACUCAGCGCUGCAUUUUUGGGACCCAGCUCCACCUGUAAAUGCCACAGUGUGAGUGACCCCUUGGUACAUCGUUUAGUUGAGCCACUCGUGGGUGUGUAUAUGAUAAAGGAGAGUUGUAGGAAGCCGGCCGGGGACGUGCGCUUGCCAGGUCGGCGUUUCAGGGCCCGGCACCGGUCGGUAUUUCCAAAUGCACCAUCUUUCUGCCCUUUUCAAAUAAAUGUCGAUGUCGCCACGCUA